GUCGUCAGGCCGGCAACAGUAGCCCGCACCACCAUUGCACCGAUCCAUGUCGCUCCUGUCUGCGGCGUGCCUGAGACUGGUGUGCCUGGGCAUCCAGGCAUCCAGGCCGGCGGGCCUUUUGUCUGCCCGCCGCAUCUCGUCAUCGGCUCUGCUCUGUCGCCAAGGACCCUUCAAGAAUUCGUUCGAUCCGUUUCCGUUCGGGGCGCCGUCCAGCCGAGAAGCGGCCGAUGGCGCUCCAAAGAAGCAAAGAGGCCCGCGUAAGAAGAAGACCAAGGCCGCAUCGUCAGCCGAGUCCAAGGAAUCGCAGGAGAUUGCCAGCUCCAUCGCUGCCGAGUUUUCGUCGUCUGGCGGAUUUGCCUCCGCAUACAACCUCCGGCCCGUGUCGCCGCCGGAUUUCCCUGGAUUCGAAGAAGCCCUGAAUGCCGAAAAUGCCUCGAUUUCGUUCGCAAAGUUCCGAGACGUCAUCGAGGAUCCGACCGAGUCCGCCAGGCUCAACAACGAGCAUCUCUCUCGCCUGAUUUACGUCAUGUGUCGCCGAGGAUCCCCGAAUGUCCACCAGCUGGUCGAUGUGCUGGUGUGGAUGGAGAGCCGGAAGAUCCAGCCGACCCUGGCUGACUUCAACGAGGUGCUCUUCUGCUGCGCCCGCGAAUCCGAGAAAGUGGUCGCCGGUCAGAUCCUGGAUCGGAUGAUCGCCAUGGGCCUGCGUCCCAACGUCGCCACAUACAAUGCCUUCCUGACGCUGCACUUUCAAAGCAGCCAGCCCGCAGCCGCCUUCGAUUUCUACAACAAGAUGAAGCACGAGGGAAUCGAGCAAGACGAAGAAACCUUGCGGAUCAUGAUCCGCGGCUGCACCCAGAACAAGCUGUAUGCCGAGGCCGAGCAGUACCACGCCGUCCUGGAAGAGUCCGGAGUGCCGAUCUCAGGCAAGACUUUCAGCGCCCUCAUCAGCCUCUAUGAAGCCCAGGGCAAGUUUGACCAAGUCGAGCGCUGCUUCGAGCAAUCGCUCCAGUCCGGAGAGGCCAUGAACCAGCAGCUUGCCUCCAAGAUGAUCCUUAUCUACAACCAGCAGGGUGCCUCCGAGAAGGCACGCCGGGUCUUUGAGGCGCUUUUGCAGGCCGGCGUUGUCCCGGAUCUGCUCACCUGGUCGGUGCUGAUUCAAAGCCAUCUCGGUGCCGGAGACGCCGAUGCUGCUGCCGCGGCUCUCAACCAGAUGAUCGAGAAGGGCCUCCAGCCGGAUGCAAUCAUGUAUGCAGGGCUCAUUGAAGGCUUCUGCAAAUGCGGCCGGCUGGACGAGGCUCUUCAGCUGGAGCUGAACAUGCGUGCAGCAGGGCUCCGAGUGAUUCCAAAGAUCACAAAGUCUCUGGUUCUGGCCUACUUUGCCGCCAAGGAGCCCAUCGAAGCCUCGCGCUGCGUUGAACAGCUCAAGGCCGAUGGAUUCAAGCUGUCGGCGGAGAUGUUCCAGAUUCUGUUCGAGGGCUUUGGCGAGUGCUUCGAGGUCAACUUCUUGAAGCAAUACUGGGAAGAGAUGAAGCGCACGAUGCCCAAGGUCACUGCCGACCUCUAUCAGGCCGCCAUCACAGCCUUCCUUCGGACACAGAGUCUUGCCCAAGCCAACACGCUCACGCACGAAAUGGUCGAGGCGGGCUUCCAACCGACGCUGCAGACCUUCACCCGACUGGUCGAGGGCCAGAUCAUCCGCGCGGACUAUUUGGGUGCCGGGUCGACCCUGAGGCUACUUCGGGUGUCCAAGCACAGCCACGCCAAUGUCGCCAAUCUCAUUGCCGUGCAUCAAGCCCAGUUCGAGAAGACGAUCCCGGCUCUGAUAGCUGCCAAGUCAAACGACCGCAGCGAUAGUCUCGAGACGGCCAUUCUGAUCUACAAAGAGCUCCUGAUUGCCAAAAUCCCAAUGAAGGAAGAGACCUACCAAUCCGUGAUGGCGGCGCACAUCGAGAGCAAAAACCUUGUCGAUGUGGUGCGCACAUGGUCGUCGCUUGAGGCACAGGGCAUCCAGCCUCAAGCCAAGAGCGUCUCGCUCCUGAUCCGCUCGGUUGUCGAUCUGGGACAGGAGAAGACGGCCACGGCGCUCUUCAGCAUGAUCGAGAAGAAGCAGUACUCGAUGGACGAGGAGACCUACCAGACCCUGAUUCUGCUGGCGGCCAAAUACGGUCGCAGCGAGCUCAUUCACUACACCGUCGAUCUGCUGAAUCGCGGUCAUCGCGUCACCCCAUCGCUGUUCAAGUCGGUGGAGCAGAGGCUCAAGGACGGCGGAUACAAGACCUUGCUCAAGAACUACACGGAACUGAUAGACGAGAUCGAUCCUGCUGCCCUUGACGAUCCCAUCGACGACGAUGCCGAGGAGCCGGAUGCGUUGAGCGGCACGGCGCAGCCGCACUAGGAAGCCAACUGUCCCACGCCAUCCCAGGCAAGCUUCUCGAUUCACUGUAUAUACUGACCACGCUAUACUAGCGCAUCAAUAUAGCCCACUCUAACGCAUGGGACAUCCCGGA